UAUGUAACACCCUGGGUUCGGGUUUUAACUCUCGCGAGAUUGGAAAUGGGAAUGUCAAGUGUCAACAACGAGGAGACAGCACCGCAGCGUUGGUGCCCGGACGGAGUAGGGAGGGGAGCGUCGAGGCUGCUCGCACGUCGGAACUUAUGUGAGAGAUGGGGGAUGACCGCCCAUUUGUCUGCACUGCCCCUGGAUGUGGGCAGAGAUUCACCAAUGAAGAUCAUCUUUCUGUGCAUAAACACAAACAUGAAAUGACAUUAAAAUUCGGUCCUGCUAGAACAGACUCUGUUAUUAUAGCAGACCAGACACCCACACCCACACGUUUCCUGAAGAACUGUGAGGAAGUUGGACUAUUCAAUGACCUGGCCAAUUCCUUCGAACAGGACUUUUGUAAAGUACAGGAAGAGGAGCAUAGGACAAAAAACACAGCUUCAGCUUUACAAACACAAUGUGAAGCAAAGGAUGAAGAUGAAGAUCCUUUAGAAGUGGAUUCUUCCCCUCCCAAUAGCCCAGAUUCUUCCUCCAGCAUGUCAGACAUAAGUAAAGAUUCAAGGGAAAUUCUGACAAAGCCAGUGGCAAGUUCUGCCCCGACUCCAACCAUUGUGCGUCCAGGUUCUCUGCCUCUCCACAUGAGCAAUGAGCCUCUUCACCCUACGCUGCCAUCUCCAACGUCUGUCAUCACGCAGGCGCCGCCCUCGAACCGACAGCUUAGCUCACCAACAAGCUCUUAUCCCCUCGUAAGGCACUUCGCGAAUGGGCAAACAGUCCCUCUGUUGCACAGUCCUGUGCAGAUUACCUCAGUCAUUUCUCUGGCGAGGCCCGGGAACUCAGUGCCUAACAUUCCUGGGAUCCCAGGACCCCCGGUGGGCGGGGCCAGCAGUGAUUCAUCCUCCCCAUCAGGUUAUCACCUGCAACCUGAGACCAAGAUGCGCUUGAAGGCAGCCCUAAGUAAUCAAGGCUCAGGAGCACAUGAUGGUGGUGGUGCCGGGGGGGCAGGAUCCUUCCCAGCUGUCCCCCAGAAGCAGGAACAGAGCCAGCAGCCUACUCAAAAUUCGGAUGCACCGUCACCUGCCCAACCACAGGUGUCCCCUGCGCAGCCAACUGGAGGCCGGCGGCGGCGAGCCUCUGAGAUGGACCCCGAUGAGAGGAGACAGCGUUUUCUCGAAAGGAAUCGAGCAGCCGCCUCACGCUGCAGGCAGAAGAGGAAGUUGUGGGUGAAUUCUUUGGAGAAGAAGGCGGACGAUCUUGCCAGCAUGAAUGUCUCUUUGACGAACGAAGUAACACUCCUAAGGAAUGAGGUGGCUCAGCUGAAGCAGCUCCUCCUCGCCCACAAAGACUGCCCCGUCACUGUUAUGCAGAAGAAAGCUGCUUUCUUAGCUGCAGGAGGAGAGGAAGCGUCCCGGGAGAUGUCGGCCGAACCAAUCGGAUCGCCAGCAGCAGUCAUCCAGCAUGGGCCUUCUCCCUCGGCCCCGCCCUCCAGCCCGGGUCCCACCAUCAACGGCAUGAGCGUCCGUGCCGCAGAGGCAGUGGCCAUGUCUGUCUUGGCCGGCAUGGGAUCGGGCCAACCGGGAGGGGUUGUCAUGGUGACGCAGUCCCAGUCAAUGCCGAGAUGAUGUGCUGACGCAGGUAGCCAGUAUAAACUCGGGUGGCAUUUGGGAGGUUGGACUGUUGCCACGUGUUAAACUGAGGGAGUCUCCCUCACUCCCACUACCCCCAGAGUAAGACUCUCUUCUUCCCUCAUGGCCAAUGAUAAUCACAUAAAGACACGGCAUCAGGCCUCCUCUCUCCCUUCUUCUCUCUGUGUAUAUAAAUAGGGAAAACACGAUGCAGAGUCUUCGGUCACAUCCUGUAUUUGAAUGACAAGUAUGAAUGAACUGUGUUCAUCAGCCUCUGAUCACUUGAGUCCCAAACAAAAUUCAGUGCCUGUCUGUGCGUGACCCACAAAGCAGGUUUUGAUGCAUCUGACUAAAUAGUUGGAAGAUAUCAUUGACUGGCCCGAUUCGGCAAACUCCCCCCAAACGGUGUACUGAUGCAGUGACAUGUCUGGCUUGUUGCAGCCUCUUAUGGCUUUCUACCUUGCUUUAGUUGUUAAUCUGACCCUUUAAUUACCUGCCUGCCCCACCACAAAAGUCAUAUUUAGCUGGAUUGCUUUUAGCUUUGAAUACAAUGCCUUGGCACGGAUAAACUUAUGUGAUGCCCUAAACUUUCAUUUCCGUCCUGACCCUUAGCAGCAGUAAUUGCUUCCAAUGUCUUUGAUAAUGGAAGAGAUGACUACUUUAGUCUUCUCUCGUACAUCCCAAAGAUUAUAGAUUUAUGGGUAUUGCAUCAUUGCAUCCCCUUCUCUUCUUAUCCUAUGCACCCUUCACUCUGGAACAGAGUCAGUCUGCAUUGGGAUCAAUAUUUGUUUCCUAGCCAUACUGACAAGUUUGUUUUUUGUUUUUAUUUUUUUAAUGAAGUCCCAAUCCCCAGAUUUUCUUCACAUCAUUCAUGAAAAUGUUAUUUCACUGCUGAAGUUAACCACAAUUUUAAGUAGUUUUUUUAUUUUUGUUUUUUUUCCCUAAAUAUUUAAAUUGACUAAAUAUUUACAUUAUUGUACUUUAACCACUUUUCUUCUUGGAAAGUGAUGAUGAUUCACCACAAUUGUUUCACGUUUACCGGUACUUUUACUCUUAAACGGAGUGCUAUCUUUUUUUCCCCCACUACCACUUCCAAUGAACCUGUCUCCCAACACUGCUCACUGCAUUAGUUUGGGUUAAGCAACUUGUUGCCACCUGAAACCUUUUUAUCACUGCAGUAAUUAUCCAAUGGAUAAUAUAUACUGGUUUUUCUGGUCAAAGCCAGUUGGUGAUUUUUUAUUUUUUUUUUUUGCCAGGCAGUUUUUCAUUAGGUAGGAAGUGUGCGACGGAAUAACGUAGUGUGUGACAAGCAGUUUGCACCACGAUCCUUUUUAUUAUUUUAACCCGCCUACAAUAAACAUAAUAGAUAAUACAAAAAAAAAAUACAACUGCAUGGAUUGUUCAAAGUUGAGGUGCACCGCUUUUUUUUGUCACAGCGUCAGUUUAUUGAUCUGCAAUUUAAUAGUUAUGCGACGUUACAGUCUUAACGGUUAGCUUUAGAUGACCUCUAAGAAUGAAAAAUGAAAACAAGCAGAGAUGAAACCAUUUCCCCAGGCAUUUCAGUUGAAGAACGAGUAGUGCAAUAUAUUUUUCUAUUAAGUAUCAAUGUUUUUGCGUUUUGCCCAGCCACUGAGGGGUGUGGUCUAAUGCAGUUGACCAGAGAAAAUGUGAAUAUGUGUUUUCAUGAAUGAGUGAGCUUGGUGGUUUCUACAUGUCUGUGGAGCAUUACAGAUUCCCUGAGUGCUUUACAACAUUUGAAAAGCAGUUAUGUAUUGAGAAGUAGACAAAAGUGGUUGUGCAAGGUGCUUCUUUUGAAAUUUUAUGUUUUUAAUUGGAGAUUUUAUACUGCAUUGUACUUCCAAGACUGUCCUGUUAUUUACCCUUGUCACUGUCGCCUUUAAAACAACCUGUCACUCUU